UUUUUUCUCUUGUAGCAUGAUAUCGAUUAUUGUACAAACAAAGAAGUGGAGCUAUCCAAAGAAAUCGAAAUGAUUCGUGGCAACAUUGAAAUAAAUCGUCGCAACAAGGAAAUCAUUGAAAUGAUUCGUCGCAACAAGAAUAAUAACGGUAUUUGGGAGAAAAAGAAAAAGGACUUCAUGGGUUAUAUCACUUGUUGUACAAAAAAAAAUGAAGAGCUAUCCGCCAAAAUCGAAUAUAUUCGUAGCAGAAUUGAAAUGAUUCGUCUCCACAAGGAAUAUAUUCGUAGCGAAAUUGAAAAGAUUCUUCGCAACGAGGGAUAUAUUCAUAGCAAAAUUGAAAAAAUUUGUCACAACGAGGAUCAGUCUAUAGACGUAGCGUUUAAGAAGAUGAAUCCCUCCUUAUAUUUGCACAUGUAUGAAGACAUCACCGCCGGGAUGGUCUGCAUUCGGACGGUUUUAUAUACAGCGCAUGGAAUUGGCCAAACAGAGAUAGCAAAUCUGAAAACGCUCGUACCAAUGAUGACAGAUACGGAACCGAGGCUAUUAAGAAUGCUGUUGUCGGAACCGAGGCGAUUAAGAAUGGUAUUGUCGGAACCGAGGCGAUUAAGAAUGGUAUUGUCGGAAACUUUCCUACCAUGCAUGUCAGAUCCGGAAACGCUCGUACCAAGGAUGACAUAUCCGGGAACGCGCCUAUCAGAGAUGGCAUAUCCUGUAUGUAUUUCUGAAACGCACCUAUCAGGGAUGACAGAUCCGGAAGCGUGCCUAUCAGGAAUGGCAGAUCCGCGGGGGUCUCUAAAUAAACAACAAACAUAUCUAAAUGAAUAUCUACAAAACAAUGAGGAGAAAACGGCAAAAAACAAGUACUUGAUAUAUCUGUUAAUGUUCGGCAACAUUAUCUGGAGCGGAUUACUUGCAACUUCAGAAAGGUAAAACGUUAUCCACAUGCACUUAUGAGUUUUUAUACAAUGUCAUUUUAUAUGCUUUGUACAGAUUGUAUUGUUUUACA